AGUGACAAGCAGACCAUGCAAAAUCUCAAUGACCGUCUGGCUUCCUACUUGGAUAAAGUGAGAGCACUGGAGGCUGACAAUGCUGCCCUGGAAGUGAAGAUCCGAGAAUGGUAUGAGAAACAACUUGGUGCUGGAGCUGGUGCAGCUUCCAAAGACUACAGCAAGUACUAUGAUAUCAUCAACGACCUGAGGAGCAAGAUUUUGGCUGCCACCAUUGAAAACUCCCGUGUUGUUCUCCAGAUUGACAAUGCUAGACUGGCUGCUGAUGACUUCAGACUGAAGUAUGAAAAUGAGUUGGCACUCCGUCAGAGCGUGGAGGCUGACAUCAAUGGACUCCGUAGAGUCUUGGAUGAGUUGACCCUGUCCAGAGGAGACUUAGAGAUCCAGAUUGAGAGCCUGAGUGAAGAGCUAGCCUACCUGAAGAAGAACCAUGAAGAGGAAUUGCAGAUUGCAAAGAGCAGCUCUGCUGGCCAAGUCAAUGUAGAAAUGGAUGCUGCACCAGGUGUGGAUCUCACUAAGCUUCUGAAUGACAUGAGAGCAGACUACGAAACACUGGCAGAGAAGAACCGUAAGGAUGCAGAGGCAUGGUUCAACCAGAAGAGCAAUGAACUUAAGAAGGAAAUUUCAGCUGGUGUGGAACAAGUGCAGACAAGCAAGACAGAAAUUUCUGACCUCAGACGUACCCUCCAAAGUUUGGAGAUUGAACUCCAGUCUCAGUUGGCAAUGAGAAAAUCACUUGAAGAUACAUUGGCUGAGACAGAAGGUCGCUAUGGUGCACAACUUCAACAGCUCCAACUUGUUAUUAGUGGAAUUGAGGAACAGUUGAUACAGAUCAGAUUAGACAUUGAGAGACAGAGUCAGGAAUACAGAGACCUACUUGAUAUCAAGACAAGGUUGGAAAUGGAAAUUGAAACAUACCGCCGCCUUCUGGAUGGAGAACUGGGGUAA